UCACAAGUAACAACAGACUUACUUAUGCGCGCAACAAAUUGUUAAUCUUCCUGUUACCAUUACAGCGUUAUUACCAAUCACACAGACAUACAGAAUGCACUUAGCUGCCUUCGCCUCCCGACGUGGAUACGCAACAGUUGCCGCGACGGCACGUGGCAUGACGCCAUCUUCUGGCGAGUCUGCACAUCGCAUCGUCAUUGUCGGCUCAGGUGCAGCUGGUAGCAGCAUUGGACAUCAGCUCCUCAACUCUGGUCGCUUUCAGCCAAAUGACAUAUCAAUCAUCGACCCGUCAAAAUGGCACCAUUAUCAGCCCGGCUGGACGAUGGUUGGCGCGGGCUUGAAGGACAAAAAUUCUAUACGACGACAGAUGAACGAAAUAGUUGAUAAGAAGAUUGCUCUUUACAAAUCUAGCGUUUGCCAUUUUGCGCCAGAGAACAACGAAGUGACGAUGAGCGACGGAACGCGUUUGCAGUACGAACAUUUAAUCAUUGCGCCUGGCAUCGAAGUCAAAUUUCACAAAGUUAGGGGAUUGCCGGAGCUUCUAGCCGACAAGGACGCGCCUGUUGCCAGCAUUUAUUCAUACAAUUAUUGCGACAAAGUUUUCGACGUGAUUCGAAAUACCAAAAAAGGCCACGCCGUCUUUACCCAACCGACUGGUAUCAUCAAAUGUGCCGGUGCCCCGCAAAAGAUCAUGUGGUUGGCGCUGGACUACUGGAAAAAGCACAAUCUCUACACGCCCAAUGACGCCUCGCCGAUUCGAAUUUCUUUCAACACGGGCCUUGGCCAGAUGUUCGGCGUUCAGCGCUACAGCAAAACAUUAGACUACUUACGUAAAAAACGCAACGUACAAGGCAAUUUUGCGAGGAAUCUCGUCGCUAUUGAAGCAGACCAUGCUGUCUUUCAGACGUCUACUUCUGCGAGCGGUGCACCUAGCCGAGAGUUCAGAGAGAGGUUUGAUAUGCUGCACGCCGUGCCUCCAAUGGGGCCAUGGGAUUUUGUUACACAGAGUCCCUUUGCGGAUGCCGAUGGUCUGGUCAGCGUCGACCCAGCGACUUUGCAACAUACCAAGUUCAAAAAUGUAUGGAGCGCCGGUGAUGCCUCAUCUCUUCCCACAAGCAAGACAGCAGCUGCCGUGACGAAGCAAGCGCCUGUUCUGGUCCGUAAUCUCUUGCAAUCGAUAGACCAUAAAGCCCUUGACGCCCAGUACAGUGGCUACACUAGCUGUCCCAUUCCUACCGAGUAUGGCAAAUUGGUUCUUGCUGAGUUCGCGUACAAUGGCGUACCGAUGGAGACCUUCAAGACACUCUACGAUCAGUCCAAGCCGCAACGCGCUUUCUACUAUCUCAAGCGCGACUUUUUCCCGUGGGUAUACCUCAACUUCAUGAUCAAGGGUUUAUGGGGCGGUCCCUCAGGCUUCUCUAAGGCUGUUUGAUUCAACUCAUAUAGUUCAAUCGCUCUUUAAACAGCCUUGAGUACGAUCUGCAUUAUUUAUUACAAGCAAGUCUUUCUAAGCAGUCUGCAAAUAAAAUGAAGACGGCAAACUUUGCAUCAGAUAAGAUCAAUUUUGUGUGGAAUGAGACCAAUGACGAU